AUGACCAAGCAGGAAGUGGACGAAGGCUCAUACCUUAAGCCCGGCGAGGUGGAUGCCGGCACGUCUAUCAUCGCUGUGCGCUUCAAUGGAGGCGUUGUGCUGGGCGCCGACUCGCGCACGUCCACGGGCACAUACGUGGCCAACCGCGUGAGUGACAAGCUCACGCCACUACACGACCGACUGUUCUGUUGUCGCUCGGGCUCGGCAGCAGACACGCAAGCGCUGAGCGACUACGUUCGCUACUAUCUGAGCUCUCACAGUGUGGAGCUGGGCCGUCUGCCGAAGGUGGGAACAGCCGCCAACUUGUUCCGCUCGCUGUGCUACCACAACAAGGACCGCCUGCUGGCUGGAAUCAUCGUGGCCGGUUGGGACCCGGUGAAGGGCGGCCAGGUUUUCUCGAUCCCCAUCGGUGGAGCCAUGGUGGAGCAGGACUUUGCAAUUGGCGGCAGCGGCUCUACGUACAUUUACGGCCUGGUGGACUCGGAAUAUCGGCCGAACAUGACGAAGGAGGAAUGCCAGAGGUUUGUUAAGAAGGCGCUGGCACACGCCAUGGCGCGCGACGGCAGCUCCGGUGGCGUCAUUCGCACCGUGACCAUCACAGAGAACGAAGUGGUGCGGGAAUUUACCAGUGGCGAGGACUUGCCCUUCUCCAUCUAG